AUGGCUGAGAGAAAGCAGAGAGGGAUACUCAGCCAUAGUUUCAUUUCUUUUGCUUCUCUUGUUCCUAACCUUAAAAGGAUGGACAAAGCUUAUGUAUUAGCUAGGUCUAUUAAAUACAUGAAAGAGAUUAAAGAUCGUUUGGAAGUUUUAGAAGAACAAGACACAAAUGCAGAAGACGUAAUUCGAGUUCAGAAGGAAAGUCAGAGAAAGACCAAGAACAUAGUCAAGGACAAUUCAACAUACCAGGUUUAUGACUCCAUUUUACUUAUUUCGACGUUAUAUUUGCUUCAGCUUCACUAUAAUCUAUCACCUUUUGAAAUCGGGGGGAAUGGUUAUUAA